AGAUUCUGGGUCCUCCGGCCAGCUCCAAUUUUUCCCAAACCGCACUAUACAGACCGUCCGGAACGCAGGGCCAUGGCGGAUCGCUCUCUACUCCGCCGAGUCAUUCUCCGUUCCACACCGCUGGGCACUGUUUUCGCAUUAGGAAAAUCACGUGUCUUAACAUGUGAGGAAGGGCGACAUCUCUACAGCAGCACCGGUUGUGAAAAGAAAUUGGAGCCCGAGAAUGAGAAAACUACUAUUAGCAAGAAAGGUAAUUGGUACGCAUUGCCGCCGUUUACUCCCUCCGUCGACGGCGCUGCUCUUGGGAAGACGAUUGCUCACCGCCAAACCGAGAAGAAACAUAAAGCCUCCGACACCACCUCCACCUCGACCAUGACGGCGCUCAAGUGGGUUACGCGAUGCUGCCCUGAGCUGCCUCGGUCUCUUGUACAGAAACUCUUCCGCUUAAGACAGGUUCGGAGAGAUUCUUACAAUGUUGAAGUUCAACAACGUCAGCUCAAGAGGGUAGCAGCCAAGGACUUGAUGAAUUCCGGAGACAGAAUAGUCCUACCUGUAUCAAUUCAAAAGGUUCCCUCAGCAAAAACUGAUAGCACUUUCAGUGAAGAAGAAAUGAAAUUCCUUCAUAGCAUGGUUCUGUUUAAGGAUCCAGCUGUUAUUGUCGUAAAUAAACCCCCUGGAAUGCCUGUUCAGGGUGGUAUAGGCAUCAAAAGAAGUUUGGAUGAACUGGCGGCUAAGUAUUUAAGGUUUGAUGAUUCGGAGUCUCCGCGCCUGGUGCACAGACUUGAUAGAGAUUGUAGUGGCAUAUUAGUGAUGGGGAGAACACAGUUGAGUGCUACUACUCUACAUUCUAUCUUCCGUGAGAAAACUCUUGAAGCAUCUGAAUAUGAUCUUGUCAGUAAAAGACGAAUAGUCCGAAAGACAUAUUGGGCUCUUGUCAUUGGAUCUCCUAGACGUUCAAAAGGAAUAAUCUCAAAGCCAUUGGGAAAGGUGGUGGUGGACAAUGGAAAAUCUGACCGCAUAACAGUUGUAGAUGAUGUUCAAUCAUCACUGGCUCAGUAUGCUGUGACAGAAUAUGAAGUUAUUGGAUCUUCUUGCUACGGCUACAGCUGGCUAGAGUUAUCCCCUCUUACAGGCAGAAAGCACCAGCUACGUGUUCACUGUGCCGAGGUAUUGGGUACACCAAUAGUUGGGGAUUACAAGUAUGGCUGGCAAGCUCACAGGAACUUGAAAAAUCCUGGUCCCUCUGCUCUCACUUGGGACCAUAAUGAGGGACUCCCUGAGGAAGGGCUAGAUCCUUUCAGCCUUAAUCUGGGUAAUGGAAGCAUCUUGGAUAAGCAACCUCGCCUUCAUCUGCACUGCAGAGAGAUGGUCCUACCCAAUAUUUCUCUCGCGCUGCAACGUGCCAAAUCAAUUACAGAUCUUGAUCUUGAGGAUGUGAAAACCAUCAAGUUUGAUGCUCCUUUGCCAUCACACAUGCAAAAGAGUUGGGACGCCUUGGGUUCCUAGAUUGUAGUCUCUCUCUCUCUUUGUUUUUUUUGGGUUUAAUUGGAGUGUUAGUUUUUGCUUUUGCUGGAGUAACUUGUGAUAUAACAUAAACAGGUCUAUCAAUUUUUCCACUAA